AUGGCAGCACGAACGCCUGCACGAGAGGCAGCCGCCGCCAAGAUGGCUUCGUUCUCCUCGCCCUCCACCUCUUCGGCUGCUGCAAAGCGCACCACCUCGCUCGCAUCCGCAGACGAAUCCUUGCUCAUCACCGCACUCAAGAUGCUCGCCACCUUCGACAAUGCCAAAAACGCUGUUUUUGCCCUCGUCGUCUACCGCUACUCGACGCGCCUGCUUCGACACCUCAAGACCUAUGGUGUAUCGGAGACUCUCUUCCAGCUCUACCGCCUGCUUUCAGCACGUGCGUUUGCGCUGCUCCUCAAAACGCCAGCUGCCAAACGCAAAGUUAAGCGCGAACUCGAUACCGCCAUGGCCGAGGUUGAGGCCAAGAUUGUACCGCGCCCUUCGCAUUUGGAAAUCAACCGCGAGCUGCCGCAAUUGGGCAAAGAGACCGAAUGGAUCAAGAAUGAGCUGGCCAAGCUGCAGAUUAUGGAGGCGGGCGUCGACAGCAAAGUGGUCGAGGCCGAGUGGCAGAACCGAGAUGGGCAGAUGGUGUGGAAGGGCGGCAAAGUGUCGGGUGCUGUUUACCACGGUGGUGACGAUCUGAGUGAGCUGCUCGCCGACUCGAUCAAGCAGUUCCUGGUCAGCAACCCUUUGCAUCCGGAUGUGUUCCCGGGCGUGAGGAAAAUGGAGGCAGAGAUCGUGUCCAUGGUGCUACGCAUGUACAACGCACCACCCUCGGCCGUGGGCGCCACAUCGAGCGGUGGAACCGAGUCGAUCUUGCUCUCGUGCCUCGCGAUGCGCGAAUGGGCCCGCGCUACCAAGGGUAUCAAAGAGCCCGAGCUGGUCGUCAGCGUCUCUGCCCAUGCUGCUUUCGACAAGGCGGGGCAGUACUUUGGAAUCAAAGUGCACCACAUCCCUGUCGACCCCAUCACGCGCAAAGUGCAGGUCGGCCGCGUCGCACGCGCUAUCAAUUCGAACACCAUCGGUCUCGUCGGUUCCGCACCCAACUUCCCGGAUGGCAUCAUCGACGACAUCCCCAACCUCGCCAAGCUUGCCAAGCGCCACAACAUCCUGCUGCACGUCGACUGCUGUCUAGGCUCGUUCCUCGUCCCGUUCUUGGCCAAAGCAGGGUUCCAGACGGAACCGUUUGAUUUCAGAGUGGACGGCGUCACCUCGAUCAGCUGCGACACACACAAGUACGGCUUUGGUCCCAAGGGGCUGUCCACCAUCCUGUACCGCACGCCAGAGCUGCGUCGCUUUCAGUAUUACGUCAAGACCGACUGGCCGGGUGGUGUGUAUGCUACGCCGACGCUGUCCGGGUCGAGACCGGGCUCGCUGAUUGCGGGCACGUGGGCGGCCAUGAUGAAACUCGGUGAUUCGGGGUAUACGCAAUCGUGCCGGGAUAUUGUGGGGGCAGCCAAGGAGAUCACGACGCGCAUCGAGCGCGAGAUCCCGGAACUCUUCGUGCUCGGCAAGCCGAUCGUGUCGGUUGUUGCGUUUGCGAGUGCGGCCCCUGGCACCGUGUCGAUCUACGAUGUGGGCGAUCACAUGAGCAAGAAGGGCUGGCACAUGAACGGGCUCGCUGGCGACACGCCUGCCAUCCACAUCGCCGUGACGCGCCUGACGAUUCCCGUGGUAAACGAGUUUGUCAGGGAUCUCAAGGACGCCGUUGCGUAUGCCAGGUCGAACUUCAGCGGACAGAAGGGCUCCAUGGCCACCCUGUACGGUCUCGGCAGCGGCGUGAGUGCCACGGCCAUCGUCGGCCAACUGGCAACCAGGUUCAUCGAUACCCUUUAUCUUAUUUAA